AUGGAGAACCAAGCUGGAGAACGAACUGUGAGCAUUCUCGGUCGAGUAAUUUCGAGAGAUUUGUUCAUAUGUCGCUUGUUUUAUCUUGCGUUUUUUGCGGCCUUUGGAUCCCUUUUUCCUCUGCUUUCGGUCUACUUCAAGCAAUUAGGAAUGACUGCUGCUCAGUCUGGAAUACUAUUAGGAUGUCGUCCGCUCGUAGAGUUUGCAUCGGGACCUUUCUGGAGUUCAUUUGCAAGCAGAUUCAGAAAGCAGAAACUGUUGUUAAUGUUCUCAACAGGAUCAUUGAUUGUCUUCACUCUAGCAGUUGGAUUCGUUCAGCCCGUCACUCCUUAUUGUGUUGUUUUAGUUCCAGAACGAAAUGCGAGUUGUCAAUUUGUUUUGGCUCCAGCUGGAAAGGUAAUUAGAGGUGGUGCUCUGGGUAUGUUGAAGGAAGCUGUUGUGGGAAGAAAUAAACGUCAAGCCGAGAGUCAGCUCAUCGACAAGUUUGUGGAUCUGAGUACAUUCGAUAAUGAAGAGGAUAUGGUUGUUGGUAUUGCUCCUGAAUUUAUAACGAAAGACAGAGUUUGCAACUAUGAUGAAAAUGAGUAUGGCUUACUUGUGUCUCCUCCACACUCCACAAGAGUAUAUCGUCAGCCUGCUGUUGAACAAGCUUUCAUGCUGUUGCUUCUGUUAAUAGCUAUGGGCGAGUUUUUCUCUUCGCCUUGUCUUCCGUUAGCUGAUGCUGCCACACUACAAGCCACUAAGGAAAAUCCUGCCGAGUUUGGAAAAAUUCGUCUCUUCGCUUCCGUAGGAUGGGGAAUUGCUAUGUUUUUGAUGGGUAUCGGUUUGGAUUAUUCCAACACCUUCCGAAAUCAUCCAUGUCCAACUGAAAACACGACGGAGAAGAACUACGUAUUGUGUUUCAUCUUUUGUGCUCUUUUCAUGGCUGCAGCCAUGCUUCUUGGCACUCAGUUAAACUUUGGAGAUGACACAGCUCGGCCUGACGAAGUUAUGGGAUUGGUUAUGGACAUUCGCGAAUCCGAAGUAUCACAUGUUGUGGCCGAGAAAGCAAGAGCCAGGCAGCUUACGGUGGAUGGCGGAAACCAAGAGAACACGGUCUUAGCUGCAGCUAAAGCUAUGGCCAACCCUCACAUGAUUAUUUAUUUAUCAUCUAUGUGCAUUAUGGGAGGUGGAGCUGGAAUCGUCUUCUCUUUCCUUUUUUGGCAUUUACAAGACUUGGGUGGUUCUCCCGUUUUGUUCGGAAUUCUCUCUGUCACAAACCACGUGUCAGAAAUUGUUGCUUACUUCUACGUUUUCCAAGUCAUCAAUAAGUACGGACAUGUCAAAGUUAUGUACAUAUGUCUUGGAGUGAACUUCCUUCGUUUCCUCGUGCUGAGCUGGCUCUCCAAUCCUUGGUUGGUCCUACCACUCCAAGUUUUGCAAGGUUUAUGUAAUGCCACCGUUUGGGCAACAGCUACUUCCUAUAUCACGUUAGUAUCUCCUCCACAUGUCAAGUCAUCCGCUCAAUAUAUUCUUCAACUUCUUUUCAACGGUGUUGGAAGAGGAUUAGGAAGUAUUGUCGGAGGUAUUGUAAUAAGUAAUAUAGGUUCCCGCCUGACUUUCUUCCUGUAUGCUGUGAUUUGCGCCUUUGCCUGUGGUGGUGGAUACUUCUUGAACAAGUUCUUCAAGUACGAGGGCAUAAAGUACAGUAACAACAUGUUCGAGGAAGAUGAGAUGGAUAUGAUGGCUCCUCAAGGUGUUCCAAUGGCUCGAGACGGAAAGCUGACAAGUGCUUUUAACACAACCAGUGUUAUGAACUCGAAUUACGGUGCUAUCAAUGCUACCGAGGAAGACCCAACGCAGGACGCUUAUGACAAAUAUGUCAGUUCUUCCUACCAAUAG